AUGCUGUUUGCCAUUAUUAUCGUUGGAUCUUGGCUUAUGACGACUUGUGGAAUAUUUGUAUUCUUGACUCUCUCAAACACCGGAAAGCAAGCGGAAUACGGUAGAUAUAGUAAUCCAUCGACAUCCAGAUGGACUUUUCCUGCUAAUUUCGCCUGGGCUGUUCAAGAAGCACCCGCUUUUUUCAUCCCAUUUUAUUUUUACUGGACGGAUCAACAUCUGACAGAAUUCGGACAAUUCUUGACAUGUCUGAUGAUGUUUCAUUACGCCUAUCGAUCAUUUAUCUAUCCAUUUUUGUUGAAUUCGAAGAACCGAACUCCUGCUAAAAUCGUAUUGAUGGCAUUUGCAUUCUGUACGUGGAAUGGCUUUAUUCAAGGAUCCUGGAACGCCUAUUAUCAACCAGAAUUCGAUAAAAUUCACCCAAGAUUUUUUGUUUUCUUCGGUGUCUGGCUUUUUGUGAUUGGAUUCAUAAUUCAUUUGAUUUCCGACCUUCAUCUCAUUUCUCUUCGCCGAAAUAAUCCUGCUGGAUCAUAUGGUAUCCCCCGUGGGCAUCUAUUCGAAUAUAUCAGUUGUCCCAACUACUUUGGAGAAUGUCUUCAAUGGAUUGGAUACGCGAUUGCUGCUCGUAGUUUUCCAGCAAUCGCUUUUGCAUUCUUCACCAUUCUUAUCCAAAUGACAGAAUGGCUCUCGUGCCGAAACUUUGGUGACUAA